AUGCUCCGCAGGGUAUAUCAGAAACUGCAAUCCGUACUUUCGGCUCACGUCAAACGUAUGCAACCCACUUCAUCACGUUUGGCAGGAAAAAUCCUGAAAUUGGAGAGAAAGGAAACUUGGGAGACAGAAUGGAACGACGGAAAUCCCGCUUGGCACCGAAAAUAUGUCAGUCCCAUGUUGAUAAAACAUUACGAUGAAUUCACAUCUGGCCGGAGGAAUCGUAGGAUUCUUGUUCCUCUAUGUGGAAAGUCGCUGGACAUGAUUUGGUUGGCAGAUCAAGGCCACACUGUUGUUGGCGUGGAAAUGAUCCGAAAAGCAAUUGAAACGUUCUUUGAGGAGAACAAAUUACUAUACGACGUAAACACCGCGCAAACUUCAGCCGGGGGUACUAUCAACUUGUUCAAGGCCAAGAACAAGGACCUUACUCUGAUAGAAUGCAGUAUAUUUGAUUUGUCACGCGAGGUUUAUCAAAACAAGUUUGAUUGCAUUUGGGAUCGCGGAGCGUGCACUGUGAUCACAAUGAUGGACGAAGCCCGUCUGAAACAGUACGUGGACGUUUUAUUGUCAUCUUUACAAUCUGACGGACGAUAUUUUGUGAUGACUUUUCGCCAUGAAUCGGGGAAGAACGAAGGCGAAUGGAUCAGUCAUCUUCCUGAAGAUAAACUUCUUGAGUUGUGCGGUGAUCGAUGUAAAGUGGAAUUAGUCGAACAGGAUGACAUAAAAAACGAUCCUGCCCUUUUAGAGGCGUACGCGACAGCUCCUCAGCAUUCGAUAUUUUAUUAUUUUGUAACCUUUAAGUAA